GAGAGGUUGCCGUCGCGCAGUGCGCAGACUAGACGUCGGGCGUGCGCAGGCGCUCAGCGCUGAGGCCUGCCGGAAGCUAAAAUGGCGUUUAGGUGUUCUCCAGGCCGCAGUUGGCGCCUUAUCAGUUUCUGAGCGGGUGUUUUGCAAAGGGCUGUGGCGACUGCCCUCUUCGCCGCCAUGGCCCGGCAUCGGAAUGUUCGAGGCUAUAACUACGAUGAAGAUUUUGAAGAUGAUGAUCUCUAUGGCCAGUCUGUAGAGGAUGAUUAUUGUAUUUCGCCAUCAACAGCUGCUCAGUUUAUUUACUCACGACGUGACAAACCUAUUGUUGAGCCUGUAGAUGAAUAUGAUUACGAAGAUCUGAAGGAAUCUUCCAGUUAUCUUUUGAACCAUCAGCUAAGUGGAUUUGAUCAAGCUCGUCUUUAUUCAUGCCUUGAUCACAUGAGAGAGGUAUUUGGAGAUGCUGUGCCAGAUGACACAUUGAUUGAUGCAGUUCUGAAGAACAAGUUUGAUGUGCAGAAGGCUUUGUCAAUGGUUCUGGAACAAGAUAAGAUACAGAGUUUGAAGGUCAAGAAUGAGGGAGCAAUAGCUACAGGAAAGACAGCAAAAGGAAAACCAAUAGAUUUCCAUUCAUCUCGAAGUGAAUCUGAAAUUGUGCCAAAAGUUGCUAAAAUGACUGUAUCUGGAAGGAAGCAAACCAUGGGAUUUGAAGUGCCUGGAGUAACUGCUGAAGAAAAUGGUCAUAGUUUCCACACACCUCAAAAAGGACAACCUAAUGAAGAUACCACCAUUGCUGCUUCUGAUGUUCUUGAGACCGUUUCUAAAUCAUCUCUUCCAUCCCACACCGUUCAAGCAUCAGAAGAGCAGACUUCAACACAAACGCCAGUGAAAAAGUCUAGCAAGCUGAGGCAACAAAUAGAUGUCAAAGCAGAGCUGGAGAAGCGGCAAGGAGGGAAGCAACUACUCAACUUAGUGGUCAUUGGUCAUGUUGAUGCUGGGAAAAGUACUCUGAUGGGCCAUAUGCUUUAUCUUCUGGGUAAUGUAAACAAAAGAACUAUGCAUAAGUAUGAACAAGAGGCUAAAAAGGCUGGCAAAGCUUCGUUUGCAUAUGCAUGGGUCUUGGAUGAGACUGGAGAAGAAAGGGAAAGGGGAGUAACAAUGGAUGUUGGUAUGACAAAGUUUGAGACCACAACCAAAGUUAUUACAUUAAUGGAUGCUCCAGGCCAUAAGGAUUUCAUUCCAAAUAUGAUUACAGGAGCAGCCCAGGCGGAUGUAGCUGUUUUAGUUGUAGAUGCCAGCAGGGGAGAGUUUGAAGCUGGAUUCGAGACUGGGGGCCAAACACGAGAACAUGGCCUCUUGGUUCGUUCUCUUGGAGUAACGCAGCUUGCAGUUGCAGUCAAUAAAAUGGAUCAGGUCAAUUGGCAACAAGAAAGGUUUCAAGAGAUUACUGGAAAACUUGGACACUUUCUUAAGCAAGCAGGUUUUAAGGAAAAUGAUGUUGCUUUUAUUCCGACAAGUGGUCUCAGCGGUGAAAAUCUAAUUACAAGAUCUCAGUUGAGUGAACUUACAAAAUGGUAUAAAGGACUAUGUUUAUUAGAACAAAUUGAUUCCUUCAAGCCUCCUCAAAGAUCUAUUGAUAAGCCUUUUAGGUUAUGUGUAUCUGAUGUUUUCAAAGAUCAAGGAUCUGGAUUUUGUGUAACUGGUAAAAUUGAAGCUGGUUAUAUCCAGACUGGUGACCGACUACUAGCAAUGCCCCCCAAUGAAACUUGUACUGCAAAAGGAAUCACUCUGCAUGAUGAACCUGUUGAUUGGGCAGCAGCAGGCGAUCAUGUUAGUCUUACGUUGGUUGGAAUGGAUAUCAUCAAAAUCAACGUUGGCUGCAUAUUUUGUGGCCCCAAAGAACCCAUUAAAGCUUGCACUCGUUUCAGAGCCCGAAUCCUCAUCUUUAAUAUUGAAAUUCCGAUCACUAAAGGAUUUCCUGUGCUGUUACACUACCAAACUGUCAGUGAACCUGCUGUUAUUAAACGACUGAUUAGUGUCUUAAACAAAAGCACAGGCGAAGUCACUAAGAAGAAACCUAAAUUGUUGACUAAAGGCCAGAAUGCACUGGUAGAGCUACAGACACAAAGACCAGUCGCUCUCGAGCUGUACAAAGACUUUAAGGAGCUGGGGAGAUUCAUGCUACGUUACAGUGGUUCUACAAUAGCUGCUGGCGUCAUCACUGAGAUAAAAGAAUGAUGGGUCAGAAUUUCUACCACGUUUCCAAAGGCAAGGAAAUGACUAACCUCUUUUUAAAGAAUCCGGUUACUCAGUUAAAGGAGAAAUGUGCAACUGAUAUUUUUUUUUUAAAUGAGAGAAUAUUAAAGCUAGAAUCAGCUGCAAAGAAGUAUUUAUCAUCACUGCUGCAAAAAUUUCAAGUUGCCAAGCUGAUUUUAAAAACCAGCUUUCCCUGUGAAGAGUUAGUAAAUGGAUUUACUUUGCCAAGAUUUAUGGAAAACUAUCAGAACUAUAUAUUAGAAGAUGUGGGUUCAUCAUGAAAUGAACUCUACUUCCAACCAAACCACGAAAUGUUUACAGUUUUCUCUUGGUCUUCAACUGUACUGUAUACAUUUUAAGGAAAAAUACUAAAUUGGGUGGUUGAGGUAGUCAGUAUUUAAGAAAGGUGAUCUUUUUCUGAUUAACUCUAAGAUUUGCUGAAGAUUAUAAUAAAGGUAUUUUAUGUUGAACAUAAAAAUAUUCUUCCUCCAACAAGUCAACUUUUGAAAGAUUAGGUUGGAAUUAGUGGAAACUCUUUGUUAUCACAGGUAUUAUUUAAGGUGUAACUAAUAAAAUAGGUUGAGCAUAUCAGAAAAA